CACUUAUCGAAGCUCACUUUGAGAAUCGCAAAAAGGAGGAAGAAGAACUUUUGGCUUUGGCUGAUCGCAUGGAAAACAGAAGAGCAGAAAGAGCAGAACAGUUGAGAAUUCGCACAGAGAGAGAGAAGGAAAGGCAGGCAAGAGUAGCUGAAGAACGUGCUCGGAAAGAAGAAGAGGAAAACCGGAGAAGAGCAGAAGAAGAUAACAAGAAAAAAAAGGCAUUUUCCAAUAUGCUCCACUUUGGAGGCUACCUGCAAAAGACAGAAAGGAGAGGAGGGAAAAAACAGACAGAGAGAGAGAAGAAAAAAAUGAUUUUAACUGAGAGAAGACAACCACUUAACAUUGAGAAUAUGAAUCAAGAAAAUCUGAAGGCACAAGCUCAGUCUCUAUAUAACCGGAUAUAUCAACUGGAGGCUGAGAAAUUUGACCUUCAAGAGAAAUUCAAAAUGCAGAAGUAUGAGAGUAAUGUUCUGAUAAAUCGAGUCACUGACCACCAGAAGCUUGCAGCUCUAAGGGUCCCAGAUCUGGCAAGGGAAUUCUAGGAGGAAGAUGGAAGUAA